AUGCAAACGACGCUGUUUCGACGGCUCGCUCCAUCGUUGGCAGCACGAUUUCAACGCAACGAGAAUCUUCUAACCUCUUUCUCUUCUUUAUCUUUUUCUUCUUCUUCUUCUUCGGUUCUUCACCAUGCUACGUCUUCGUCUUCUUCUUCUGCUGACGUGGAACCUGUUCACAUAACUGAAAACUGCGUUCGAAGAAUUAAGGAACUGAAUUCUAAUGAACCAUCAGUUGCUGGAAAAAUACUUCGUUUGAGUGUAGAAACGGGUGGAUGUUCGGGAUUCCAGUAUGCUUUUAAUCUGGAUGACAGAGUGAACUCGGACGAUAGAGUUUUCGAGAAGGAAGGAAUUAAAUUGGUUGUUGACAAUAUUUCGUACGACUUUGUCAAAGGCGCAACUGUUGAUUAUGUCGAGGAGCUAAUCCGUUCAGCUUUCGUAGUGACUGAGAACCCCAGUGCAGUUGGCGGUUGUAGCUGUAAAAGUUCCUUCAUGGUGAAACAGUAG